CAGGCGGGUCUCCGGCGUGCAGCUCGCAGGCCCAGUCUCACAUUCAAGCCACAGAUUGCAGUGUGAAGCAGGGGCUUGUGUCAUAGCCUUUAUAUGGUUGAGAGAAUCUGUAAGAUGUGCUGUGGACUACCGAUGAUUUCUCCUCCUCCUCCAGUUCAAAUUCAAUGGCAGACAAAGACUCCACUUCCCACUGCUCUUGUUACCCCUGAGCUCACAAAGACAGAUCUGGUCCACACCUAAACCACUGUCUGCUUUUCUUGCUCCUGUCUCUGCCAAUCUCCGUUCUUUUGUCCAUCACCAUGGCUUGUUUUCUGGCAUCGGCCUUUCUUCUGGUUCUCCCGACAUAUGCUGCCCCACCUGAGCUUGUCCAGCCAGGAUUUGGCAUAACACUGGACAACAUGGACCUUGAUUCUGGACUAUCAGCCAAUGUUUCUGGAGAUGUGACCUCAUCUCCACCCCAGGGAACUAGUAAAAGAGCCCCACAUAGUAUCAUUAUUGGGGUACGCAAAGGGGGCACAAGAGCACUGUUGGAGAUGUUAGACAUACACCCUGAGGUUGCCGCUGCUGCCACUGAGGUGCACUUCUUUGACUGGGAUGAGAACUAUGCCAAGGGCUUUGACUGGUACCGUGAGUUGAUGCCCUACUCUUAUCCACACCAGAUCACAGUGGAGAAAACUCCAGGUUACUUUACGUCAGCCCUUGCACCAGAACGCAUCUGCGCCAUGAACUCCUCCAUAAAGCUGCUGUUGAUCUUGCGAGACCCAGCUGAGCGGGUCAUCUCUGAUUACACCCAGGUGUAUUUCAACCGGCUGGAGAACCACAAGCCGGUGCAAGCUAUUGAGAACCUGCUAGUGCGCAACGGAGCCCUAAAUAUUCGGUACAAGGCCAUUCAGAGGAGCCUCUAUGACAUCCAUAUGCGUAACUGGCUGCAUCACUUUCCCCUGGAACAAAUACACAUCGUAGAUGGGGAUGCUCUGAUCCGUGACCCCCUGCCAGAGCUUCAAAAGGUAGAGCGCUUCCUCGACUUGCCCCCCAGGAUAGUGUCCUCCAACUUCUACUUCAACCAGACCAAGGGGUUUUACUGUAUCCGAAGUGAUGGUCGAGAGCGAUGUCUGCAUGAGUCUAAGGGACGUCCUCAUCCCGCUGUCAACAGCACCGUCCUCCAACAGCUCCGCUCCUACCUACAGGAACACAACCGAACCUUCUUCAGGCUGGUGAAGCGCACCUUUGACUGGCAAUAAGAAAUCCAGAUCACAAAUCGGACUCAAAGGAGCCACUACCUUGUCUGUGGGGAUGACAAAAAGGGGGCAUAAAGCACUUUACAGAACUGACAUUUAAAAAGCCCUUUGAAUAACCUCUUUAUAAGCACUGUUGUGAUCUCUGGUUUCUGCAGAGCAGUUAUAUUUACAUGAUAAGGCAAAAAAAUAUGUAAAACUGGGAAACACUUUAGAUUACAGCCUGCAACAUACAGAGUGAUUACUCCACAGUUAUGGUGUAAUCUUAUGUACUAACGGUGCACCAGUACAGUACAUACCAGUCAAUGUCAAUGUGUUUCCACCUUGCUGCAUAACAUCUUACAUGCAACUGCUUAACAUCUUAGAUGCAACAGUUAACCGGUGUUAUACAUUAAUAAAAUAUUAAUAAUUAGUUUAACCGACAGGUUAUACAGUAGGCUAUACAUACAGGGUAUGUAUACCCUACAGACUUACAAUCUGGAUGUUGGGGAGGAACUGUAGUUAUUAUUUAGCUACUGGGUACUUACUCUGUUACUAUUACAGUAUAUGACCAUAACAUAAAUUACCAUAUAUCUGAAUCGCUUUGGAAACACUUCAGAUUACAGCACACAAACCCUUCAGUUACCCUGUAGCUAAAUCUAACACAGGGGGAACUAUCACUAAUAGUGGCAUCGGUGGGCCUGCUGGGCCCCACCCCUACUCGGAUAACUCCAGGGCUGAAUUUCUCUACCAGUCCGCCCCUACAAUGCUUCACAUUCCAGUCUACAUACCCUGAAUCUACCCCGUAACUUAAUGUGACACGGGAGGAACUACCACCGCAUAUACAUCUAACUUACUCUGUAACUACAGAGAAAAAUGUGAGAACAGUUUGUUUCGAUUUUACUUGCUUCAAAAGAUGGAAAACCAUCUAAACUAACUCCACAGUUUGCUGUCAGAACAUUAUAUUAACCAUAUGUAUUUGUUGUGAUUCAUACCUUGUGUUUAAUCUUGCUAUAUUUGUAUUUGUUUCUUGGGAUGAAAGGAGGCUGAGCACCGCGCUGAAAAAAGUUAAUCACGCUGUACGUUGCAGGCUGUAAUCUAAAUCAUUACUAAAAACUGUAACUAGGGGCGUAAAAUUUAAUGGAAGAAUCUCCAAGCUUAAUAAGUCAUUCUCUGUGCUGGAAGCAUUUAAGUGAUCAAA